AUGGGUGAUAGUGAUAGACUUGUUAAAAUGGAAAUCGACUAUUCAUCUGUAGUUGAUCAAAAACUUAAGGAAUGUGAUGAAUUAAUGAAAGAUGAAACAAAAUUGAACGAAGUUCUUGAUCGUUUAUUACCACUUGAAAAACAAACUCGAACUGCGGCUGAUGCUAUUUCUACUGGACGUGUUCUUGUAGCUAUUAUUAAAUAUUGUUAUGCAGCAAGACAAUGGGAACAAAUGAAUGAACAUAUUAUAACAUUAUCAAAACGUCGUAGUCAAUUAAAACAAGCAAUUACAAAAAUGGUUCAAGAAGCAUAUGAACUUGUGGAAAAAACACCAGAUUUAGAUACAAAACUUAAAUUAAUUGAAACACUUCGAAAUGUUACUACAGGCAAGAUCUUCGUUGAAAAUGAACGUGCUCGUUUAACAAAAAAAUUGGCUGAUAUUUAUGAAGGACAAGGUAAAACAAAAGAAGCAGCAGAAAUUUUACAAGAACUUCAAGUAGAAACUUAUGGAACUAUGGAUCGUCGUGAAAAACUUGAAUUUUUACUUGAACAAAUGCGUCUUUGUUUAGCUAAAAAUGAUUAUAUUCGAACACAGAUUAUAUCGAAAAAAAUCAAUAUUAAAGCAUUUGAAGAUGAAAGUGCACAUGAUUUAAAAUUAAAAUAUUAUGAAUUAAUGAUUGAAAUGGAUUUACAUGAUAAAAAUUAUUUUGAUGUUUGUCAACAUUAUAAACAUUAUUAUGAUACACCACGUAUAAAAGAAGAUUCAGAAAAAAUGAAACAAGCAUUAAAACAUGUUAUACUCUAUUUAACAUUAUCACCAUAUAAUAAUGAACAAUCGGAUUUUUUACAUCGUUUAUUUCUUGAUAAAAAUCUUGAAGAAAUUCCUAAAUACAAAGAAUUAUUACAACGUUUUAAAACUCAAGAACUUAUUCAUUGGAAAGAUGUAUUAAAAAAUUUUGAAAAUGAACUUAAAAAUGGUACAAAAGAUGAUUUAGCAACAAAUGUUUUUGCUAAAAAUGAUGAUGGAAAUAAACGUUGGGAAGAUUUUAAAAUUCGUGUUGUUGAACAUAAUAUGCGCAUUAUGGCUAAAUAUUAUACACGUGUUCGAACACAAAAAAUGGCUGAAUUACUUGAUUUAACUAGAGAUGAAGCUGAACAAUUCUUAUCAAAUCUUGUUUCAAAUAAAACUAUCAAUGCUAAAAUUGAUCGUCUUCAAAAUAUUGUUACAUUUCAACAAAAACAAUCUCCACAAGAAACUCUUAAUGAAUGGUCGGUUAAUCUUAAUUCAUUAAUGACAAUUAUUAAUAAAACAUGUCAUUUAAUUAAUAAAGAAGAAACUGUUCAUGCUGUACGAACUUAA